CGGUGCCUCACUCCGUACCAAACACCCACGGAGCCCAAGUGAAGUGAAACAGUAGGUGCAACAUCCUUGAAUCUUUUGCAGGUCAGUGAAAACUUUUAGAGACUCUGUGUGUUUCGUAUCGUUCAUGUGCGUGUCAUUUACGUAUUCCUCGGUGUGAGAAAUUCGGCUUAACGUGAAAACUUUUUUAUAAUAAAUCCUGAGCUCGACUGUGACCGUGUACGGCGAUUUAUUUCAAAUGGAAUUCGAAACAGAAGCUGUUUUUAAAAAACGAAUUAGUAAACAACUCGUAGCAUGCAGCACAAAGUAAGAGCUUUUGUUGGUUUAAUAAUUUAUAAUGAAAACGAUUAUGGCGGCUCGGAAGUGUUCAACGCAAAGAAAUGGCCAUAGAGAUACCAACAUGGCUGAACGCCGACUACGUCAAGAGGAUACUGCGGCUAGCAGAGGACGACAACACUUUGCAGGUGACGAAUGUAAUUACGAAACCGGCCACGGAAAAGGGUGACAACUAUACCAGCGAUAUGAUCAGAGUUACGGUGGAGUUCGUUAGUAAUCAAGGGGACAAAAGAGCCACCGAGAAAAAGUCGCUGCUCUUCAAGUUCGAACCUAUAGAAGAGGGCAUGCGAAAGGAUCUGAUCGCGAAAAUCGAAUUGUUCGAUACCGAGAUAUCCGCAUUGACCGAUACCAUGAGAAAGAUGAACGACAUGUUGGGCCUUGAGUAUCGACUAUGCGCAAAAGUUUAUCACGUGCGAAUGGAACCACCGAUAUGCUUAGUUAUGGAAGAUCUGUCUACCCUUGGUUUUCGAAUGGCCAAUCGUCAAGUUGGUUUCGAUAUGGAUCACACGUUGCUGGCAUUACGAGGAUUGGCCAGGUUACACGCUGCGUCGGUCGCUUUAUGCGAAAAGGAACCAAAACAAAAGCAGCGAUACAAUAAUGGAAUGUUCUCUUACCAUUAUCCCGAAGUAAUGAAAAAUUUUAUGAUCACCACAUUAACAGCGUUGGCGGAUGAGAUAGAAACCUGGCCAGAACUUGGGAAAACAUACGCGGAUAAGUUCAGAACAUUCGUCCCGUAUGCGUAUAGCAAGGGCGUCGCGGCUGUAAAACGUAACGAUAAGGAAUUCAAUGUUAUUAACCAUGGAGAUGCUUGGGUGAACAACAUGAUGUUCCGAUACGAUGACAAUGGGAAACCCAUCCAGCACAUUUUUGUCGACUUCCAGCUGUGUCUCUACACUUCACCGGCUGUCGAUCUGAAUUACUUCAUGGCUAUCAACCUGUCCGAUGACGUUCAGCAGCAUAAAGAAGAAUUGCUCGAAGAUUACUUGCAUACAUUGUCGAGCGUCAUGAAGAAACUCGGUUGCAAAACAUCGCCACCCACUCUGGAUGAACUGAAAAGGUAUAUGAGAGAACGAGCGAUGUACGAAUUGAUUUCUUCGCUCGUCAUGCUGCCGGUAAUGCUGGUGGACAAAACCGAAGUACUAGAUAUCAACGAUAUGUUGAAAGAGAAACCUACGCCCAAUCCUGGUUUCAAGUAUCCCCGCUUCCGGAAGUUGGCGCCCAAAAGGGUAAUGAAAUACGUAGAAAUGGGUUUGCUUGAUCCGUGACCGUUUCGACGCGUCCUAAAGAGUCUACAGAUAGAUGGUGUGUGCCGUAACUAGUCGACAGAUUUCGUGGCAUCGAGUGAGCAACAGUAAACGUGCUAAUGAAAGAUUGCAGAGAACGAAAUUGAAUGGUAGAUGAUAUCAAACGUGUUACGUAGUCAGGUUUUAUAUUGGUCAAGGCUGUGUGAAAUUGUGAUCGAUUUACGAGACGUCAUAUCUCGUUUUGACUCGAUAACGAUUUUAUCGCGAUGGUUAUUCGUUAUCAAGCUCUUACUCUUUAACCAGACGGUUAAAUACACGGAACCAAAGUUCAAAGAUUUCUGUAAACUAAGUACACUUAAUAGCGACGAAAACGGGUUUAGACGGUAUACGCAAUUUAUUUUCUUUUUGUAAGUCGAUAGUACAAACUUGUAACUAAAGAAUGAAAGUAUUAUGUAAGAUAAUAAUCUAGGCGUAAUUGUAGACACUUAUCAUUUUCGAUGAAGGCACACGAAUAUUGUCACACGUUGAUUAAUGAAUAAUUAGCAAAUAAAAAAAUGGACGAAGACGAAAGAAUUGUAUCUAUUUAACUGAUUCUGCAAAAAUAAAAAGAGAAAUAUAAUUCA